CGUGCACGAGGUGGUCAUAACAACAACCCAACCGCUGCGCAGUUCAUGGCUGCAUACAAGCGUCUGUUGGUUCAGACAGAAGUGACUUCAUCAAGCUCUGGAAACUGCUCCCAAGACAUAGUCUCAAUUCUAAAUCCAACAACUACAGGAGCUUUGGUAGGUGAAAGCAGCAUGCUUACUGAUAUGCGCAGGUCGUCAAUCCUGCAGGCCGACGACCACAACUAUACCCAUCGCAUUGACUGCCCAGAAAGCCUGUCAGCUUUUGUCGGUGCUGUAGUGCCGUACAUUGCAGGUUUCGUCGUUAAGAAAGUUCGUUCAACGAUAACAUGUGAACUGUGCAUCGCAGCCCUGCACUCGGAUGAACUGGCACCUUUAAUUAGGCAAAAGAGCCGAGGUGGACUUAUUUCACCAUCACAAGACAUCGUUGGCCUGUGUGAAGCAGUUGAAAAGGGGCUGCGACGGCUACAGGCAGAAUAUGAUACUAUUAAAAUGGUGACGGUAAGGUCAAAACACCUCAUCCUUGAAGUCCUGGGCACCUGCACAGAGAAAAAUUGGUUCCAGAAACUGGAGGACCACAUCCUUGAUCUCGAUCCACUUGAUAACCAUAUUUAUAUCUUGUGCAAAAAAAUCGCUGAAGAAUAUAUAAAAGUGAGAAUACACCACAUGACGAAAGAACGAAACCGUGAACUGAUCAAAAACAGAGUGAGACCACUUUUGUCGAGGGUGAUUAUUUUCAAUCACCAGUAGGGUGUCUGUCAUGGUGUUCUUGACUGUAUGGCAAAUUUUCUCCUUAAUAUCUGCUCAUUUGAACUGCCUUCUGCAUAUCAGUUGGCUGCUGGUUGAUGGUAAAUAAACGACUACAACUAGAACCGCACAUUUGGAUUCCUUUCUAAAUGGGAGCAGCUGCAUUACGCUUUUAUCCUUAAUAUUUCUACAGUUACACUGCCUUCUACAUGCCACUUUUCUGCUAGCUGAUGGAAAAUAAAUGUAUAUGACUAGAACCACUCGUUUUGGUUGCUCUGUAAAUGCGAAUAACGUCAUCCACAGCGCGGAAAAGCACGAGCGCGGCAGUGCUAAUUAAGCUUUUCUGCUUAAUAUUUGAGCUGGCAAACUGCCUUGUACAUGCCAGUUUCCCUCUGCUUGACGAAAAAUAGACGUUUAAUACUAGAACCGCUCGUUAGCGUUGCUUU